UAAGGCGCGUCAGGGGCGGGACCCGGAUGGAAGACCUCCUUUUUUCUUUUUCUUUAAAUCCCGUCGCCUUUAAGGCGCGGCCCACGUCUGCCGGCCGAAAAGUGACUUAAAGGUGACGCGUGGAGCAAUGGCGGCGUUGCCCGGGGGCCGGCGGCGCGGACUCCUGGUGCUGCCACUGCCGCGGCCGCUGCUGCUGCUGCUGCUACUGGGCGGCCCUCACGGCGCAGACGGAUACUUCCCCGAGGAGCGCUGGAGUCCCGAGUCCCCGCUGCAGGCGCCGCGUGUGCUCAUCGCGCUGUUGGCCCGGAACGCAGCGCCCGCGCUGCCCGCCACGCUGGGCGCCCUGGAGAGGUUGCGGCACCCGCGGGAGCGCACGGCACUGUGGGUGGCCACAGAUCACAACACAGACAACACUUCAGCCAUCCUACGUGAGUGGCUGGUGGCGGUGAAGGGUUUAUACCACUCUGUCGAGUGGCGGCCAGCAGAGGAACCCAGCUCCUACUCAGACGAGGAGGGUCCCAAACACUGGUCUGACUCUCGAUACGAGCAUGUUAUGAAGUUGCGCCAGGCGGCCCUGAAGUCAGCUCGAGACAUGUGGGCUGAUUACAUACUGUUUGUGGACAGUGACAACCUCAUCACCAACCCUGACGUGCUGAGCCUGCUCAUCGCAGAGAACAAGACCGUGGUGGCCCCGAUGUUGGACUCCCGAGCAGCUUACUCCAAUUUCUGGUGUGGGAUGACUUCUCAGGGCUACUACAAGCGCACGCCUGCCUACAUCCCCAUCCGCAAGCGUGACCGCAGGGGCUGCUUUCCGGUUCCCAUGGUACACUCCACCUUCCUCAUUGACCUGCGCAAGUCUGCAUCCAGAAACCUGGCCUUCUACCCACCGCACCCGGACUACACCUGGUCCUUCGAUGACAUCAUCGUCUUCGCCUUCUCCUGCAAGCAGGCAGAGGUGCAGAUGUUCGUGUGCAAUAAGGAGCUGUAUGGCUUCCUGCCCGUGCCGCUGCGCUCGCAUAGCUCCCUGCAGGACGAGGCGGAGAGCUUCAUGCAUGUGCAGCUGGAGGUCAUGGUGAAGCAUCCACCAGUGCAGCUGUCUCGCUUUAUUUCGGCACCCAGUAAGACUGCAGACAAGAUGGGCUUUGACGAGGUCUUCAUGAUCAACCUGCGGCGCAGGCGAGACCGACGUGAACGUAUGCUGCGGGCGCUGCACGAGCAGGAGAUUGAGUGUCGCCUGGUGGACGCUGUGGAUGGCAAAGCCAUGAACAGCAGCCAGGUGGACGCCCUUGGCAUCCAGAUGCUGCCAGGGUACAGGGACCCCUACCAUGGACGGCCACUCACCAAGGGUGAGCUGGGCUGCUUCCUCAGCCACUACAACAUCUGGAAGGAGGUGGUGGAUCAUGGACUGCAGAAAUCACUGGUAUUUGAGGAUGACCUGCGUUUCGAGAUCUUCUUCAAGAGGCGCCUGAUGAACCUCAUGCGGGAUGUGGAGCGUGAAGGGCUGGAUUGGGACCUCAUCUACGUGGGCCGGAAGCGCAUGCAGGUGGAGCACCCUGAGAAGGCUGUGCCCCGAGUGAGGAACCUGGUGGAGGCCGACUACUCCUACUGGACACUGGCCUAUGUGAUCUCCCUGCAAGGUGCACGAAAGCUGCUUGAUGCCAAGCCAUUGGCCAAAAUGCUGCCUGUUGACGAGUUCCUGCCUGUCAUGUUUGACAAACACCCAGUGUCAGAGUACAAGGCCCACUUCUCUCCCCGCAGUCUGCGUGCCUUCUCUGUGGAGCCCUUACUCAUUUACCCCACACACUACACAGGGGACGAUGGCUACGUGAGUGACACCGAGACCUCAGUUGUCUGGAACAACGAACAGGUUAAGACCGACUGGGACCGGGCCAAGUCCCAGAAGAUGCGGGAACAGCAGGCACUGAGCCAUGAGGCUAAGAACUCAGAUGUGCUCCAGUCCCCGUUGGACAGUGCUGCCCGCGAUGAGCUCUGAGGGACAGUUGGCAAAAAGCCAAAGCAGACACUGCAGGUCUAACCUUCACAUGCUUGCUGGGGACAGCAGGGGAGACCGCAGAAGCCCCCACAUGCAGGGUGCUAUCCAGCCAGGUCUUCUUGCUCAGCAGCCACUACCACACAGGCAGCAUUAAUAGAGUGCUUACUGCAUACCAAGAACAGGACUGGGAAUGAGGAGAUUGGACAGGAACAAACUUUCAUUUGUUUAUGUUUCCAACAUAUAUUAAGCACCUACACUGUACCAGGUUCCAAGUUAAAAGAGGUGAGAUAAUUCUCUUUAUCAGCAAUGGAUUUGCUCAUCAGGCAUUUAUUGAUCAGAUUAAGAAUCAGGUAUUAGGGAUACAUACUUGCUUUUAAAUCCAUUCAAGUAUUUGUUGAGUGCCUACUGUGUGUUAAGUACUGUUCUAGGCUCUGGGACUACCAAAAUGAGAAUGACACUUCCAUUCAUUUAUUCAGACACCUAUCAGGCAUUUACUGUGUGUCAGGAGCUCAGCUAGGUCCUGGGGAUAGAGGUAAGCAUGGUAUGUGUCACUUUAAUGAGCUCCCUUUACACUGACUGCUGCAGUGCUCACAGUAAGAAUCAGCGUUAUAAUUCACCCCAUAUGACAGGUUCUGUGCCAACUGCUGGCACAGGGAAAUGAACAAAAUUGGUCCCUUUAUACAAAAAGCAUUUAUCAAGCACCCGUGAUGUGCCAUAACUUAUGGACUCCUGGUGGUGUAGAAGAGCUGACUCCCCCAACUCUGUUGUGCAGACAACAUCCUCCCCCUGCCCAGAGGGUUGGGAGAGUCACUCCUCCCCCACCUCACCCCCGGGUAACUGCUGGGGUCCCAGGCUUCAGCUGCUUGCUAGCUCCCCUGGAGGGGUCACAGAUAAGGAUGGGCCUCCUGGCCCAGCCUGGCUCCCCUUGCUUCUGUCAGCCCUUGUCUCAGGUGUCCCCUGCCUGCUCCUGUGUUUGGGGCCUUGUGGGGGCCAAGCUGCCUGGGGUGCUGCUGUUGGUCUGGGUGGGAUGUUUCCCAACAGGGCCAGGGUGGCUGCUGUGCCUUCAAAGCAAACCCAAAUGUCAGGAGGUGGAACGGUGUGCUGCCUCCUUUGGGAUGACUGUUCUCCAGGUUGGCUCCUGGAUAACUUGCUUAUUUUUUUUAUUAAAUGCGCCUGGGUGGUUUUCACUGAA